GCUUCGGCCCCGCCGCCCUCGCUUGACGUUCGGUCCUUCUUUCCCAGCCUCCCUCUCAGGCUGUCAGCUCAGCCCAGUUCCUGAACUCAGCCGCGCCCCUUUCCGUUUUUGGCUCCACCUUCGUUCCUCUGAACUUGGGGGCUUGACGCCCACGCGGAGGAAAAGACGCUCAUGGAGGAACCUCUAAGGUGCGGAGUUGGGAAAGAUUUGUUCCAGCUCAAGGCCUGGAAAUACCAGAUCCCAGCAGGUUGGGACGAAUCUGGAAGUGGCGGCGCUUAGCUUUGCGUAACAAUACACAGCUUUGCAUAACCAACUCUGACAGGCAUUUAAAAGGCGUCGCGGCAGCCUCAGACGCUGUUGUCAUCUUCGUGCAGUCCCACUUUUGCAAUGAUGCCCGGGAUGCGGGCUCCGAUCCUGAUCGCCCUGGGCUUGCUUCUCGCGGGACCUGGGGUCCUUGCAAAGGUCCCAACGAAACAGGCGUUCCGGAUCAGUAGCUUUUCCUGGGAGAACUGUGACAACGGGAAGGACCCUGUGCUGAUCAAAAGCCUGAACGUGGAGCCCAGCCCCAUUGUGGAUCCCGGGAAUGUGACUGUCAGUGCCGAGACCCUGACGAGAGUCACCCUCACUUCUCCCCUGAGGGCGGAGGUGAUCGUGCAGAAGGAAAUGGCUGGCUUGUGGGUCAAAGUCCCGUGUGUGGAACAGAUCGGCAGCUGUACCUAUGAAGACGUCUGUAACAUGCUUGACAUUUUCCUUCCCCCUGGAGAGCCCUGCCCAGAGCCCCUGCAUGCCUAUGGGCUUCCCUGCCACUGUCCCUUCAAAGAAGGCAAAUACUCACUGCCCAAGAGUGUUUUCACCCUGCCCCACCUGGACCUGCCUGGCUUGCUCAGCACCGGAAACUACCGCAUCCAGAGCAUCCUAAGCAACGGCGAGAAACGUCUGGGCUGUUUCAAGAUGAAUAUCUCUCUAGAGGCCUUAUAAUGUGGCACCAGCUGCAGAAGAACAAAGGGGUGUGAGGGAGGUGACCCCCUUCCUCUGUCUUGUGUUUGUCAAGGCCCAAUUCCGAUUUUCUGUCCCCCUUCAACCCCCUUCCCACAGUAAUGCUACUACCCUCGCUGCAAACCAUUUUGUGCCACUUACAUUUUAGGUGUGGGCAAGCAGCCUGAACCUACGGUAGGGAGAGCUGGGUUGUUCUUGACAGCUCAGGACACCUACCGGGCUGGCCACUCCCUCUUCCUCCUCACCGCUGCGGCUCGGCUCUCGUCUCAGAGCUUAACUCAUCUUCCAAACAGUCCAGCAACAGGACGAACACGUGUUGUGAUGCCACGUUCAGACUAACCCAGCCUUGCUCUCCUGUAGUAACUUCAUGGUUUUCUCAUUAAAAUUGUGUUGUCGUUAACUUAAAAGCAGAGUGAGAGUGUUAACAGUUUUCAUUUUACUCCAGCCCCUUCCUGCAGUGAAGGGCCUGAAGUAGUAGAUCUCAAGCGUACUUCCCUGGUAACAUCUAGAAUUAGUUGAGGUAGUCUUUUCUAGAUUUGCCUAACUAGCAAGCGGGGCACAGCAUAUCCUGGAGAGGCAGGGCACGGGGUGGGUGGGGGCUUCCUUGGGAGAGAGAUUUAAGGAUGCUGUACAUAGUAUUUAAGAUAGUUUACAAACUCAGGCGCCUGCAGGGCCAAGCACGAGACAUAACCGAGUGACGAGGGCCACGGGGAACGCACACGGGUCUUCCCUUUCUAUAACAGCGUGUAUGUGCCGAUGUGAGACAUCUGAUGCGCAGUCUCGGGAGGGGGCUGUGAUUGGGGCCGAUGGGCCUGGGAGAGUUGGAAAGGGCACGUGUUGCUGACAGGGGCCUCUGCUUUUUAGAUGCAGCCAGUUAGUGUCUCACUGGAGACACUAGUGAGAAUGUUGUAGGCCCGGUUUGCCAAAUAUUCUCAAUUUCUUUUUCCAUACAGAAGCUGGCAAUCCAGACUUUUAUAUGAAAUCUUACAAUGUUUAAGCAUUGGCAAGCAGUUAUGUUUUUAAACACUGUGCAGCGGCCAGACAGACUUUUCGGUGGGGAGACUUGGCUCAGGGAGGCCAAUUUAUGGCCUCUAUUGUAAGAACAUGCAUGCUUUGUCAUUUUGGCCUUGAGACAAUUCCUCUGGUGCUGGUUGUCCCUGCUUAGGGCCAGAGCCAUAGUGUCUGACCCAAGCAGUAGGCCCUUCCAGUGCUCGGGGAGGUGGAGGCAGCCUCUCGGAGCUGUGAGCACUGUCAGGGUGCAUGUGGUGGAUGCUGAGGGUUGGAUCCCCUAGCAGCUGCUCUGGGGAAGGGAUCCAAUGAAGAGAGGUGGACCCAAGUCAGGUGCCUGUGUGUGUCCAUUGUCCUGUUCUGCGUGACAACUUACAGACCCACAAACCAGUCCUGAAUUCUGAAUUCGAAGCCUAGAAUGGUAAUGUAGGCAUGUGCUGCUUAAUGACAAGGAGGUGUGUCAUUAGGCCAUUUCGUCAUUGCUCGAGCACCGUAGAGUAUAGUUACACAGCCCUGGAUGGUGUAUGUGGCCUGCACAGCCAGGCUACGUGGGACAGCCUAUUGCACCUGAGUCCCAAGCCUGCAUGGCAUGUUGCUGUACUGAGUACUGCAGGCGGUUAUCACAGAGUGGCAGUUUGUGUAUUGAACAUAGAAAAGGUACAGUAAAAAUACUCAUGUUCAUGGGGAUGCAUUGCACUAGGACCUUUUGAUGGCUAUGGUGUCCCUAGGCAAUAGGAAUUUCAGCUCCACUAUAAACUUCUGGGACCUCCUUCAUAUAUAUGGUCCAUCAUUGACUGAAACAUCGCUAUUGAUGUAUUGCUAUAAAUCUUUUUAACUUGCAGAGUUCCUCCUUUAUAUUGGCUGUAUAUACAUUUUUAUUGAUCACAUCCCAGGAUUUCAGAAUUUUGGUCUGAGGCUUUAUUUUCUUGUCUUUGUCUAAUUUUGGUUCAUAUGUUGCUUUUCUUCCACUGAUAAACCACAAAUAUAUUUGCA